AUGUUGUCAUAUUGCUUGUAGCUACGUUCAAUUUUUUAUAUAUUUUGAUUUGAUGUUCUGCAGCUCUGCUGGUAACUUAACUAGAAGUACUAUAAAAUAUUUCAAACAAAAAUAUAAAAAAGAAAGUUACUUAUGUGUUUUUAUGGAUUGAUUAAAAUAGUAUUAUAAAUAACAAGAUAAAACAAAGUUAAGGAGGACAAUAAAUAUCAUUUAAAUAGUGAAAGUUGAAUUUCCAUAGUUACUUAUCAAGUAAGUGACUUCGAGAUCAAUAGAGAAUAUGGCAGAAAGCAAUGAAUGCGAGAUUAUAGAAACAACGCAAUCAAAUUUUGUACAAAACCAGUCAGUGGAUCGAUUAAAAUUGCUUUAUCCAAUGGUUAAUGAAGAAGAAACUCCUUUACCAAGGUCAUGGAGUCCUAAAGAUAAAUAUAAUUAUAUAGGGCUAUCACAAAACAAUCUCCGUGUACACUAUAAAGGGUAUGGAAAAACGCACAAAGAUGCAGCUAGCGUUCGAACCACUCAUUCAAUUCCUGCCGCUUGUGGGUUAUAUUAUUUUGAAGUAAAAAUUGUUAGCAAAGGCCGUGAUGGAUACAUGGGCAUAGGCUUAUCAGCACAUGGAGUGAAUGUCAAUAGGCUUCCUGGAUGGGACAAAAAUUCUUACGGUUAUCAUGGUGAUGACGGACAUAGUUUUUGUUCAUCAGGUACUGGACAACCAUAUGGCCCAACAUUUACUACCGGCGAUGUGAUUGGAUGUGGUGUUAAUUUGGUUGAUAAUACAGCAUUUUACACGAAAAAUGGGCAUCAUUUGGGAAUCGCAUUUACAGAUCUUCCUCCAAAUCUAUACCCGACUGUCGGAUUGCAAACACCAGGUGAAGUAGUUGAUGCUAAUUUUGGACAGGCACCAUUUGUAUUUGAUAUUUCUGAUAUGAUAAGCGAAUUACGUAUUCGGACGAGACUUCAAAUAGUUAAUUUUCCCGCUCCAGAUUAUGAACAAGGAAAAUGGCAGGACAUAUUGCACAAAAUGGUGUCAACAUAUCUCGUGCAUCACGGAUACUGUGCAACUGCAGAAUCUUUUGCCCACAGUACAGGACAAAUUUUUCAAGAAGAUCUACAUUCUAUUAAAAAUAGACAAAAGAUCUUGAGACUUAUUUUAGCUGGACAUAUGGGCGAAGCAAUAGAUUUAACAAUAAAAAUGUAUCCUGGAUUACUUGAAAGUGAUUCCAAUUUGAUGUUUGCUUUAAAAUGCAGACAAUUUGUUGAAAUGGUAAAUGGCACUGACUCAGAAAUCAAUCGUAGUAAUACUGACAAUCAAACGAGUGUUAUCCAGUCGACUAAGUUCGUUGUAAAGUCCUCAGCUAAUAGCAAUUUUACAGAACUAAAUCACCAUAAUGCGCUUAAUAAAUCCAGCGAUAAAUACCUCAUACAUCAACAAAUUGAAGAUGAUGUUGAGAUGGAAGAUAACACAGUAAAAGAUAUAACCAACGCGAAAAAUUGUAUAGCUUUUCAAAAAACUGGCACAAAUGGAUUUAAGUGCUCAAAUAAAGAUGAAACACAAAUGGAUAUGGACCAAGUUUUGAAAAAUAUCGUCACCUCAAUCGUCUUCGUUUUGGACCAUGUCACAAUCUGUUUUGACCCCGCGGGAAAACUCCCUAUGGUGAUGAAGCUAUUGAACAGUUAUGGACCAAACAACACCGUCACGUUUGAAAUUAUUCCAAGAGGACCACACCAUGACUCAGCGAGAUUAACUAUUAAGUACAGAACACGGACAAGCGCGAAGGGACUCAGAAGCGACUAUAAGACAUCCAGAACAGAGGACAGGUUGACAGUAGAACAGAGAGUAGAAGCACCGACUGAUUCGGACAGCUCAGACACAGACGACGAACAUAGCAGCAGCGACAGCAGUACCACUGACGGAACCGACGGAACGGACAACACUAGGGACACUCCUGAAAGCGACGCUAACGACGAAAAUGACGAAGUUAUUUUAAAUUCAACAUGAAUAGCGACAGUGACAACGCCACGGGAAACGACAAUGACCACAUCCCAGACAACAAUGACGACAAUUACGGCAGUAAUGACAUCGACAAUGCAGACAACAACGAUAUCAACAGCGACGACAAUGUUAAUGAUAACGGCUACCCCUUGCAGUACAAUCCCCAAAACAACGUGGAAUUACGCAAGAUGAACCUGACGGACGCUUAUACGAUAACAGCUAUAUACAGAGGAGACACAAUUGACGCAGAGGCAUUGUUCAGCUGGUACGGACCAUGCCACACAGAACAUUACAUGUCCACGACAGACGACACUAAAGCCAUAUCGACACGGUACCAGUUAGACAGACAUGCACGGAAAAUAAUAAAUCUGUACAGACAAUAUAUAUAACGGAUAGACGAGGACGUACAAGGACUUCGACGGCAAGAACGAGAACAGGGACCACCGACAACAGAAUACGUUAGAUCAGACGAUACUAUUUGUGUACGAGUACCGCGGCCAGUAAGCAAACAAGAACUGACGGAAAUAUUUGCAACAUUUGGAGAAAUAGCUGACAUACGACGCAUCAAACCGAACGACGAAUACGAACGUUAUACAGCAUUUAUACAAUACAGACACAAGGACAGCGCAUACAAAGCAGUAACAGAAACUGACAAUACAUACUUACCGAAAUGGGCUUAUAAUCGAAGACAAGGGUCGACAAAACCAGCGACGACACAGGAAAAUGCACAGGAGCGACAGAGAACCGAAGGACCACAGGAACCCGCACAGAGACAAAGACGAUGGACGUUGGACCCCGCCAACAACACAAAACUGUAUGUUCUCGCACCACCUGACACGACACAACAGGAAUUCAGAGAGGACUUCAUAAAAUACGGAGAAGCAAUACAGAUAGAGUUAACGAACGGAAAAAAGGAGAAUAAUGAAAAAGUAGGAUACGUUAUUUACAAGGACAAAAUAGACGCCAUCGACGCCAAACUAAACGGACAACGAAAAUACAAAAUUGACUGGAAGUUAACGCCACAGACUACUGAGACACUAUUACAUUUUACAUGCGGAGACCAAAUACCGAUACAGAGUUUUACAGACCACACACGCGACUGUACCACAACUACACUACGACGACGGCUACAAGACAAAAAAAAGAACAACCGAGUACCAGCAGACAAGUCGACGAGAGACAGAAUGCUGACACAGCAGGGACAGCAACACAGUCAACAAGAGCACCAGUCUCAGUACAUAGAGCCUUAUAUAUCGACUACAGCUCAUCAAGUGAUGAAGAGUUAAAUGAAGUAGAAAUAGCCAGAUCAAUACGACAGCGACAACUGACCAUAGACAAUAGACAACAUCAAAAUGAGAGAGCAGAUGAGGCAGAAGCACCAGCGAGGCACGAGGACGAAGCAGCUAAUGAGUUACGACAAGAACUGGACAAAAUUGACUUCAAGAAGAUAUUAGACGUUAGUUUUUAAGUGACGACACCGUGACGCUAGUUUAAGUUAGAUUUAAGAAACCAAGAGUGCCAUAAAAGUUUUGUAGUCAAUAAAAGAUGCAGAACAUAAGUAUUAUUGAACCAAGUUA